AUGUUGAAUGAACAACAAUUAAGUUCCGACAUUAAAUGGAAUAGAUAUUUUAUGGCAACUGUAGCCCAAAUGUUUAAUAAUUUUAAUGACUUAAAUAGUAUAGUUAUAUGUGCUACAUUAAAUAAUGCCAACAGGACAUUUGAUAACAUUUGGCAGGUGUAUAAUGAGUAUAAAUUGACGGGACAAGUGUGGACUCCUGUAGCCUUAGGGGCUUGUCCUGUUAAUAGCCCUGAUUGUACAGUGUUAAAUCCUGUGUGUGCGGUGUCUCGUAAUAACUUUUUCAAAACAUUUCCCAAUCUAUGUGUUUUAGAAGCUGAACAAAGAGCUACGGGAACUGAGUGGAGAAUUGUAUUUAAUGGCAUUUGUUCAGCAAAUCCUGGUGAUGGUUUUGCAACAUCCACCGCUGCUCCUCCAGUUACACCAGCUCCUGCACCUUGGUAUGCCAGAUUUUUAGGUAAUACACAACAAGGACAACCUAGCUUAUCUCUACCGUUUUCUGGUAGCCUACCUUUUGCUACAGUUCCUGUACAAAAUAACCAGCAGCAAGGUUAUACUGGUGCUAUUGCUGCUGAUAACAACCAAAAUAUUGCUCAACCUGCAUACCCCUCAUCUUCGGGUCCUAUUCCAUCACCAUUUUCACAUAAUGAUCCUGCUUGUGAUCCAGCUGCCGGUUCCGUCCCCUCAUCUUCAUAUUCCACAUCUUCAAAUAUGCCUGGUUCUUUAAUAUCUCCACUAUGUUUACCUCCACCAGCAAAUGUUAACCCUGAUUCAAUACCAUUCAAUACUAUACCUUUAUCUAAUCCCGCCCUUUCACAACUAUUUUCAACAUUACAAAAUACUGCUAAUUCCGCUUCCCAUUCAUCGUACUCAGUACCUUCAAGAGAUCCUUUGCCAGCAUUACCUUCACCUUCUUACCCAGCACCUAACCCUGAUUGUCCUCCUACGCCUAGUUCUCCAACUUCAUCUCAUUAUAAUUCCGCCCCAGCACCACUACCAUCUCCUGCGUACUCUUCGCCAACAAUUUCUGAUAACUGUAAUCCAGUACCUUCAGCUAUUCCUGGUCCCUAUGAUCCAGCUCCAGUUCCUUCACCUGCUCCCGGAAAUUAUAAUCCUACAAAUCAGCCAGCACCAGCUUAUGGGGGACCUUCUUCAAACCCAACAUCUUCAUAUAAUCCUAAUCCAUUUGAUUCCGUACCAAUCCCAGCCCCUUCUCCAUCUUACUCAACAGCUUCAGCAGGCUCCUCACCAGCUUAUUCUGGAACUUCUUCUAAUCCAGCACCUUCAGCAGUCCCUGGCUCAUAUGAUCCGACUUCAGUUCCUUCACCAUCUUACUCAACAUCUUCUUCAGUGCCCUCCUCAGUAAAUUAUAAUCCAGCCCCAGCUUCAGUACCACCUUACACAGCACCUUCUGUAAAUCCUAUACCUGGUACUUAUGAACCUAGUCCCUCGGCUUCUGGUAACUAUAAUGCUGCUCCAGCUCCUCAACCACCAUAUUCCAUUCCUUCUGUAAAUCCGGAACACUCUCCUAUACCCAGUUCAUAUGAUUCAGUUCCAGCUCCUUCGCCAUCUUACUCGAUACCAACUCCUGGAAGUUAUGAUCCACAACCAGCACCACAACCCUCGUAUACUAAUCCUGCGGUAAAUCCAGAACCAUCUCCUGGAUCUUAUGAUUCAGCACCACAGCCUUCGCCAGCAUAUCCUACAUCCUCCUCUAAUCAAGUACCCCCAGCUGCUUUGCCAUCUGUUUCUGGAGAUUGUAACUCAGUCCCAGCUCCACAGCCUUCAUUAACGUAUCCCGCAGCUUCAACUUAUGCUGCUCCCUCUCCGAUUUCUGGGGAUUAUACACCAUCAUCUAUUGAUAAUAAACCUUCAUAUGCAGCCAUUUUAUCUGAUCCUGGACAUAGUAAUAAUCAAGAAUCCGUCCCUUUCAACACCGUGCCAUUGACAAAUCCAGCACUUAUUCAAAUAUUUUCCCCAUCUGCAGCUGCGCCAACCUCUUCUCCUUCGCCAUCAUACUCGGUACCGUCAUCCAAUUCUCCACAAUCAUAUGCUCCAGCAAAUUCUUUACAAUCAGAGCAAGCUUCUUAUGCCGUACCGUCGCCUGCUCCAGCUCCUUCACCAGCCUAUCCACAAACAGGUUAUAAUAACAAUUCUCCGAUUUUGACAGAUCCUAUUCCUUCACAAUUUCCUUUAGUACCAGCACUUGGCAAUAAUGUGGACUCCAUCCCAUUUAACACUAUACCUUUAACAAAUCGAGCGCUUUUACAAAUAUAUCCCCCAUCAACACCUGGGGCAGCAUCAACACCUAUAGCGGCCCCUUCCCCAGCAUAUACAUCCAAUCCUUCCCAAUCAUACUCUGCUGGCGAUUCUUCACAACCACAGCAAUCAUCUUAUGUUCCCGUUUCUCUAUCUCAAUCUGCGCCACCAGCUUACACUUCACCAGCAGUUAGUGGCCCUGAAGUUUCCUCAUCUUAUUCCAACCCCUCCGAACCUAAUGCACCAUCAAUACCAUAUCCACAACAACCUGAUGCUGGACAAGUUCCUUGCGAUAAUACCGAUUCAUUACCUUUUCCACUGAUUUUGCCAGCACCUCUUGUGCCCUCACUUGCUCCUCCAUCUAUAACUACAUCAGAUUAUUCUUCUGCAGUAGUUAGUGUUCCUGGAAUUUCGUCAUCCUAUUCCAAUCCCUCUGAAUCUAAUUCGCCAUCAACAUAUCAACAACAACAAUCUGGACAAGUUCCUUAUGGAAAUACAGAUUCAUCAAUUAAUUCUCUGACCUUAACGGCGCCUCUUACUCCUUCAGUUGGAGGUGUACAGUUUUCAGCAUCUGAGGGUUCUUCUGCAUAUUCAAGUUCACCUACUUCUAAUUAUGCGCCGUCAGAACAAAAACCCUAUGAUAACGCUGAACAAAAUUACCAGCAAUCGCCUCAAACCUACUCAUCAUCCUCUGCCAAGUCAUAUGGUUCCAAUCCAGCUGAAGCCCCAUCUGUAUCACAGUCCUAUCAGCAAGCAUCAAAUACACCAUCUGAUACUUACUCAUCCUCUUUGCCCUCAGCUCCUUCUGCCCAAUAUAAUGCAGAACCAUAUAACAAUCCUAUUGCAGUACCAGCUGCCGAUAAUGCUCCUUGUAGCAAUGCUGAAAGUUAUAUUUCUCCCGUACUUAAUUAUGAAAACGUACCUUCAUAUACCCCCACCUCCAAUGUUAAUCCUGCUGCCAGUGAUAGUUACUCAGAUAAACCAAAUGAUUCCUAUAAUAAUGUAGAUUCAUCAAAUCUUAAUGAUUACUCCAAAUCACAGGACAACCCGAAUCCUUUAGCUACAUAUGAUAAAUCAAAAUCAUAUGAUGCUCCUGCGGCGGACAACUCAAAUUCAAAUGUUAAUAAUGAGGGUCAAACUAUUUACAAUGGCGUCGUCUAUCAGGGUCCCUAUUAUUAUGAACCAAAAUAUAAACAUAUUAAUUUUGGUAAUUUCAACUUUUUGCCCUCACAGGGAUCAGCUGCAGCUACAGCAGCACCAGCACCAGUGUCUACGGCCGUACCGGCCUUAGUACCAGCUUAUCCUUAUGCAGCAGUUCCCGGAGCCCAAUAUUCCAGCUACAGUACGAAUCCUUUUGAACAACUUUUAAAACAACUGCAGUAUAUUGCAACGAAAAAUGUUAUCAAUGGAUAUUAA